CUUUGAGCCCAGCCCAAAAAGUUUUAGCUUGCUAGCACGCUCGAUAACAGCAAUCACCCAAACGAAAGUGUGUGAAGCCACGGAAUCGGCCCAGCAGCCAUGGCGUCCGUUCCUCACUCGCAUCUCCGAUCGUCCUUCAGCACGCGCCACUAUCACUCACCUCACCUUCCCACAAGCACUAAGUCCGCCUUUUUAGGGGGGGCGUUAGAACGAUCACGACAGCCAUGCGGUGUUCGUGCAAUCCCAGCCGUAGGAUCCAAUUCCCAUCAGCAGAUCGAACGGCGAAUCGGCAUUUGGGCAAUCGGCGGGCCGCCGGGAAUGGGUGCAUUCCCGCGGCCACAGCAAGGCGGGAACGUGCUCAAGCUAGUUGUGAACGGCCCGUGGCCUCGCCUCUGGGCGCUACCAUCCUCUCCACCCUCUCCUCUGCUCGCGGGCUGCAGCUGGCUGCUGUGGUGGACGGCAAUCCGAGGCCAACGGGAGAGAUGCUGGGGAGGCAGAGGGGGGGUGCAAGAGGAAAGGUGAUUGGGGGCAGAGAGAGAGAGAGAGAGAGAGAGAGAGAGAGAGAGAGAGAGAGAGAGAGAGAGAGAGAGAGAGAGAGAGAGAGAGAGACUGCCCAACGCCGCGCAGUGGCGGGAAUACCUGAGCCUUUGGAGCUGCCUGUGGUAGCUGAUGUCAUCAUGGUGCUGGCCUCCGUUGCUCAGUCUCGGUCCACAGGAGUGUAUGUUGACUUCACAGGCGAUGCCUCUGCUGCGUGUGAGAACGUGCGGCAGGCAACAGCAUUCGGCCUGAGCAGCGUGGUGGUCGGAGCGUCGAUACCAGAGGAUGACAUCAGCGGCCUGUACGAAUUCUGUGACAAGGCCUCGACUGUACGUACUGAACACGCCCUGUUAGCUUCAGUUUUCUGCCCCGCCCGUGUCUUUAGUUGGCUUGGAUUCAUCACGCAUGUUCGUUCAUUCACGUAGGAAUGUGCUUCACCACGCCCAUGACCAGGAAUGUGCUUCACCACGCCCAUGACCAGGAAUGUGCUUCACCACGCACAUGACCAGGAAUGUGCUUCACCACGCACAUUCCUUCACUGUCCACCAUGAACAUGCCCCGCUCGUUUUCCGCAUGCACCUCGUGUGCGCUUCCCCGUGCACCUCGUGAGUGCACCUUCUCUUCUCCCGCUUCCUGCUCUCAUACACCACAAACAGGCGCGUGAUGCGAGUGUGAUGUGAGUGUGAUGUGAGUGAGUACACGAAGAUUCAAAGUCCUGACCCCCCUCAGAACUAUGGCUCGCCCCAACUCCUGUUCGCCCCCCUCCCGUGUUCCUUUCCCUUACACGGCUGCAGGAUCCUU